AUGUCGUCGGAUUCUGUUGCGUUGGUGAUGCCUCCAAACAAAGAGUGUGUAGAAGAAGAAGAGGUAUGGAGUGAAGAUUGUGAUGAAAUAGAUACUAGUAGAGUUGGGAAGGAGGCAACAGAAAAUUGUGAAGAUGGAGUUGAAGAACCGAAAGAGGGAAUGACAUUUGACACAUCGGAGGAAGCUUAUUCGUAUUACUCAAGAUAUACUAAAGAAAAAGGGUUUGCUGUGGCAAAAAGAUCAUCAAGAAAGGGAAAAGAUGGAAAGUUGAAGGAUGUAACUAUAGCAUGCAGUCAUGCUGGAAAGAUUGAGGCUGGGGGACCUGGUAAGCUUCCAUAUAUCCAGAAAAAUUGCCGAAAUCAUGUGGAUAAAGUACGACGUUCACUACUUAUGGAAGGAGAUGCUCAGGCGAUGCACAAUUAUUUCAUGAAGAUGAAAGCCGACAAUUCUAACUUCUUUUUUGCAAUGGAUUUGGAUGAUGAAGGUCGACUAAGGAAUGUAUUCUGGGCUGAUGCAAGGAGUAUGACAGCUUGUCAGGAGUUCGGUGAUAUUGUGACCUUUGACACAAGUUACUUGGUAAACAGACAUGACAUGCCUUUUGCUCCGUUUGUAGGCGUGAAUCAUCAUGGCCAGUCUGUUUUAUUGGGAUGUGGGCUUAUCUCUCACGAAGACACGGAGUCAUUUUCGAGGUUAUUUCAGACUUGGAAGACAAGCAUGUGGGGUUGUGCUCCGAAAGCAAUUAUUAUCGACCAAUGUAUGGCCAUGAAGAAUGCUAUAGAAGAUAUAUUCCCUAACACCAGACAUCGGGCAGUUUAUACUUCACUUACCAUAAAACAAUUUGAGGAUGCUUGGGACGUGUUCAUCAAGAAGUAUAAGCUUCAAAGUAACACAUGGUUAGAGGGGUUAUAUUUGGAGAGGAAACAGUGGGUGCCUGCUUAUUUGAACGAUGUGUUUUGGGCGGGGAUGUCAUCCACACAAAGAAGCAAGAAUAUAAAUGCAUAUUUUGAUGGCUACAUUCAUUCAAAGACGACCUUGAAACAAUUUGUAGGACAAUAUGAAAAUGCAUUGGGGAAUAAGGUGGAAAGUGAAAAUCAAGCAGAUGUGAAAAUUUGGAACACUUUCAUCCCGUUAACGACUGAAGAUGAGUUGGAGAAGCAAUUUCAAAGUGUUUAUACGCAUGCAAAGGUCAAGGAGUUCUAG